AUGGUCGCCCACCUCCUCCAGACUACGGAUCUGGGUAGGAACUUGCGCAGUCCGCACUGCAGUUUCACCGGCAGAGGUCAACCGUGCUUCUUUCUCCGCCAGCACCAAGCUACAUGACUACGAGCCUGUAUCUGAGAAGGAGAUCGCCGCAGUCUCUUUUGAAAAGGGCUCGGUCAAGCCAUCAACAUUGCUUGUUGGCGAGAACAAGAUUCCACACGCAUUGUUGCUCAUACGUAAGAGAUGA